AGUCCAGAUAUUACGGUAUCUAUAACUGAGACCUCAGCAGCAAACAAAUUGAUGCUCAUUGCUCACAGCCGUCGUUGAGGCUGAGGGUAAUGGUACCUUCGUUUUCGUUGUCUGGUGAACGCCCUUGAAACCUUGAUGCGUUAUUGUCCAAUUGAAGCGGUAACAAAGUCAUUGAACGAAUCUGGAUACAGUGGCUAGUGCGUAGAAUACAAGGUGUGGUGCGGGUUAGCGAAAGAUAAGAAAAAUGUCUAGCCUUAAAAUAGGCAAGUCAGGUGUGGAGGAGGUAUGGGUGGUUGCCAAGUACGACUACCAGGCUCAAGGCAGCCAUGAACUUGACCUACGCAAGAAUGAGCGCCUGCACCUGCUGGACGACAGCAAGCAUUGGUGGCGCGUCAUGAACCAACACAACCAGUCUGGCUACGUCCCAUCUAACUUCGUCAAGAAGGAGAAACCUUCCAUUUUUGACAGAUUGAGUCAAGCCGCCUCAAGCUUACUGCCCGCCAGUCCUGGACCCAUUAAGAAGCGCGUAAAGAAGGGGAGCAGCGUAGGUGGGGGGACUAAGAUGUCGGGAGGCAGUGGCACCCCCACGCAUGGGGACAGCUUGGGUAAGGGCGGCGCCCCCGUGGACCUAUCAGACGCCAUCGGCUACGCCGUCGUCAAGUAUAACUACCAGGCGCAGCAGAUGGACGAGCUCUCGCUAGCCAAAGGCAGCCGUGUGCAGAUAUUAGAGAAAAGCAACGAUGGUUGGUGGCGUGGCCACGUGAACGGUUCGGUUGGGUGGUUCCCUUCAAACUACACGACUGAGGAGCCUCCUGACGAGGACCAUACCUAUACCGUGGCCGAGAACGUCCUUGAUGUCGUGGUGGCUCUCUACACCUUCACGGCACAGAACGAACAUGAGCUGAGCUUCAGUAAAGGAGACCGCAUGGAAAUCUUAGACCGGCCUCCUUCUGACCCAGAGUGGUACAGAGCGCGCAACACGCAAAGAGAGGUUGGUCUGAUCCCGCGUAACUACGUGAAGGAGUUACACGAGGUCGUGGACACGCGCACGCCCAGCAGAGGAGGGAACGCGAACACUGCAGCCAGAUCCUCUCAGGCGCCCCCCGCCACCAACGGCGGCUCCCACGGGGCGUCUGAUGCCGCACACGUCACCCAGGGCGUGAGCGGCCUGUCCAUCAGCGGCGGUGGCGGUGUAGACAAGAGCGGCAUGCCGCUGGCCGCCAAGGAGUGGUACUACGGUCCCAUCUCGCGCGCCCAGUGCGACACACUCCUCAACACCCGCGGCCAUGACGGCGACUACCUCAUUAGGGACUCUGAGACUAACGCUGGCGACUUCAGUGUAUCGCUGAAAGCAUCAAACCGCAACAAGCAUUUCAGGGUUCACGUGGAGUCUGGCUUCUACUGCAUAGGUCAACGCAAGUUCAACAAUCUUGACCAGCUCGUGGAACACUACCAGCGCUCGCCUAUUUACACCAGCCAAAAAGGAGAAAAACUUUAUCUUGUUAGGCCCUUGCCGAGGUUAUAAGGCUCGCUUCUUUCCCUAUCUGUGCCCUUGGAUGAAGUCUCGAGCUUCAUUCCGAACGAAUCCGAUGUCCUUUAAUGAAGUCUAAGGAUUUCAUCUUCGAAUGUAAUGCUCACGAAUAAGGACAAAAUCAGUAAUUUAUAUGAUUGUGUUCAAGAUAAAAAAACGAUUGCCCUUCAUCUUUUGAUUGCUGCUAAUUACCGAGUGAAUGACAAUGUGGAGACUACGGCUUUUAACGCUUAUGAUCUAGAUCAUCCUAGUAUUUAAAAUCGUGAUCAAGAGAUGAUUAAUGCUUUGAUAAGUGAACAAAUUAUUAAGUGAAUUCUAUAAAUAUCGAGGAAGUAUCUCCCUUUACAAUUUUCAGUAAUUCGUUGGAAUGAUAAACGAAUUGGAUGGAAAAUGUAUUCAGGUUCUUUCUUGCAAAAUGUGUAAUUUAAUUUCAGUUUGACUAGUGGAUUAUUCAAUGUGCUAUAAAAUUCUGGAGUUCAGAGAGUAAAACUUUUGGCCAGGGACUGCUUUACGUUAGAUUGAACCGUGUCCGUGAACUGUACUGCCAGAGACUGCUUUGUGUGAACAAGUUCUGCAAAAAUUAUGUGGCCGACCACUGAGACGUUGAGUAUAUUUAGUCAGCCGCGAAACUGAGGUAACAUUAUAAAUUAUCAAGUGUGCGUUUCAGUAUGGAAAUCGAUACCCGAAUAUUUUUUUCGUGAGCAGCAUACAGUAAAUGAAGGUAUUUGCAGGGUACUGUGUGGAGUUGAUGUGCUAUUUACGUAUAAGUACGUAUAAGAAGCUCUGAUUAGGAAUGCCAUCUAGUCGUCAAUGGAAUGGUGUGAAGUGAGGCUCGUCUUGGAACUGAAGCUAGCUUACAAAUUAACUUCAAUUUACCCUCAAUAUUUUACCUUUUACGGCUCUUUAUGAAGGUACUGUACCAUUCAUGCAAGCACAACAGUUUGCAUCAAUGAUUGCCAGACUUUGUAUUCAUGGAUAAUAAUUCAUUGUAAUUAUUAUCAUGGAUGAUAAUAAUUCAUGUCCUAGCGUCGCCGUACGUAUGCCCUCAAUACGUGACUGCAGUUCUACAGAGUGCAGCUUUGUCCACAAUAUGCAGCAAUAUUGUCACUCAUUCAUGCUAAAUUCAUUUUGAAUCAUAGUGAUAAUGUAUAUGAAUAAUAAUUACAGAUUUAUUCAUCUCGAGAGUAUCUUAUGCAAAGACAUUUUGUGUUUAGAACCAAUCGCUUUUGUUACAAUGGAUGAUUUUGUUUUGUUCACUCGAUGCUGCUAUACCGACCCCCCAAACGGUAGUAAAGUGAUUCUCUUUAGCGUUUCUGCAGACUCAAAGUUCAAGACCGAUGCUUCGGAAAGAAACAUCUAUGGACUUAUAUUAUCUAUUAAGGAACUAAUUAUCAUGACGAUAAGUGGAGGCUUCGCCUUCUCAUUUUAGUAUUACUGUUUUAUACCUUAACUUUAAUUAGCAUGCUUAUGAUAUUGGACUAGCCCGGCUACCAGUAGUGUCACUUGAAUGAAGUUUAGCCCCUGCAGAGACCAUUGAAAAUGACAGUGGGGUCCCGGUGCUCAGUUCUGCAGCAGUGCCUCUUGGAGCCCCAGCACAUCCGGGGAGUUUUAUCACUGGAUGUGUUCCGACGCCGUUAUUCAAAUGCUGAUCCAACCUGUGACUCAAGUUCAUGAUGAUUUAUUCACCUGCGGUAACUGAAAAUGAUUAAUUUUCUUCGAGACAUUGAAGAACAUUGCUGUUCAAAUUAACACGAGUGACAAUAUUUAUUCAUGAAGUGUUGUUCAGUGUCCUACAUUGCUUUAAAUUCUGGAAUGCUUGCACACGGGUGACGCUAGAGGAGUGUAAGACAAAGAGAUUUGUUGCCUUCAUUUGUAAAUUGAGCUUCAAACUUUUAAUUCAGAGCGGAGAAGUGUUACCGGUACUUGAUUUCAUUUAUGUUUUUUUUUGUAGAAAUGGAAAAUUCAUAGCUUUCUGGAUUUUCUCAACAAAAAAUUUUGCUUUACCGAGGCGCUGCUGUAGAAGUGAGAUUUGGUGACCGUGUACUACUUUUUCAGUAGAAUUUAAGGACAAACUAUUUGCAUUAUUGUACUGUGCUAAGUGUCCAUUGUAAUGAAUACUCUAGUGUUUAGUGUAUGAUAAUGUGCCGCGCACGCUGCGGGAUAUGAGGUGUCGCAAAAUCGGCAGCUAUGCUUACCCUUCCAUACAUCGUGCAGCGAUCCAUACAUCGCAACGCGUGAAGCGACUCAAGUGCGGAGCUUACUGGGCGAGCCCUAUGAAUGCCUGUGAACUUCAGCUUCUGAUUCUUUUGGCGUAUAGAUGGUCUCGCGUCCGAAUUGUGUAAUACUUUCUAUUGAACUCUUUGUGUUGACAGCGUCAGAAAAUGUUUGGAGAGAAACUCAAUCUUGUUAAAUUUAUUUUUUAUAUAAGCUGAUGCCAGUCAAAGCAAUAAUUCCAGGACUCACGGUAGCUACAGAGUAAAAAGCAAAUUCCGGUAAAUUUUCCCUAAGCUGAACAUUAAACUGACUGGCAGUGGAAGGAAUAACCCAUGGCGAAUCUACAUUGAUAUUAAGUACAUGUCUCACAGCCACCUUGUACGCUGCCGGCCCCUGUGACGCAUAUUCUUCCCAUUUAUUUCUUAUUUAUAUUAUUCUAAAAAAGUCUUCUUUGCCUACGCUGACCUUAUUCCUGGUGGGUAGAGGCUGCCUGAUUUCUUCCUUAUUUAGAUUGUGUUGGUAAAGCCCUUACCUGCGCCGAUCGUAUUAAUGGUGAGAAGAGGCUGCGCCCGCCUUGGAUAAUUUUAAUGUAUUUUCUGCUAGUAAUUGUCUUUGCAUUACAUUGGUCACUUUCACAGAAAUAUCCUAUGAGAAAUGGUAUGUAGGUAUAUGUAAACGGCAUAAAUAAUCAAUAAUUACCGGUAGCUAGAAAGUUGCGUACGUAUUGCUGGCUCAUCUCGCCAGAACGAAUGUUAAACUCAAAUGACGCUCAAUAAUUCGAUGACUGGGACGUUACGGUUCCUAUUUAGCCUAAACCCAAUUAUAUUUUUUGUCAAUUUUUAAAAGCAGAGCAUUACUUCAUUUUAUAUGUGUUUUGAUACGUUGCUUCUGUUGUAGAAACUUGUACAUUUGGUGUGAAAAGGGCAAGAGUGAUUUUAUUUAUUUUUUUUGCGACAAAACUCAGAAAAUGUUUCAGACUUUAAUACUAAAAUUACGGGACGCCGAAUUUUUAUACGAAAAUCUCCCGUGUCAUUCCGGUGAGAUCGAUUGAUCUCAGCAUCUUAAAUCAAAAUCUAUCCUAGGAUUUGUGCUCUGCUUGUUUCACAAACACUGUGAUUCUCCUCAUAGGUAAUCCUUAAGGAACGAUUCGUGGUGCUUUCCUUACAAGCUCUUUCCAAGGUGCUCGUCUUCGCCCAGAGCUUCCAAGGCUUUCUACUGUAUUGAAAUCAAUCCCUUUGCCUAUGAUGUCCUACUUGAUGUUCACUUGAAUCUUGUGUGGAGCCUAUAACCUUGUAGUGUUCAGUUAGAUACGUGAAUUUUUGAGGACUGUAGAAAUUCUAUGUUACUCUUUCAAUUGUUUUUUCGCCAUUCUUGUCAUCUUAUCAGAUCUGAUCUAAACUCCUUUUAUAUUUCAUUUUGUUUCAGGAUUCUUUCAGGUGGCUGAAAAUCAAAUAUGAUGAGUGCUCAUUUCUAUCGUAAAUUGUUUGCUCUUAAUUAAGCGACGGUAGAUUCUUAGCUCCUCAUUCUCAAGGUGCAUGGUUCAUGAAUUUCCUGCCGGAAAGUUCGGAAAGAUUCGAUGUUCAGUAUUGGUGCAAGCAGGUUCCUCCUUUAGUUCUAAGUUCGAAGUCUGCCCUGCUCAAGUUUUCGCACCUUGAUUGCUUUGACUUACAAAACAAUUUUGCGCUAAACUCCAUUGAUAACUGAGCUGCUGUGAUCCUUGUGAAUUAUAGCCUACCAUUAACUUGAUUUAUCCCGCCUUGACUGUCCUAUAGCUAAUCUAUUGAUCUGUAACAAGGGAUCUUCCUGUGAAAAGUCGUUGUAAUUAAUCAAGACGUAUAAAAUCUACUUAUGUCUGUAGUUGUUCGAAUAGAUUCGGAGUACUAGUUAGAAGAUCUAACUUUAUCUAUGGCUGCAAGACGUCGCAUUUAGAACCGCGAUUAUGACUUCUCAUUUGUUUAUGCCUCUGCCCCGUCAAUGCAGGGGUCGUCACUUUGUAGCUUCCAGAUUUAAGUUAAUUAUGAAACUUCUCAUUGAAAGUGCUCAUUCAUCACGUUGAUUUACGAAUAUUCCUAAGAAAUUCCAGCUGCUGAACAUUAUUUAUUUCCCUGUUUAUCCCUUGAUUGACCUUAUUUUAUAAGUUACGUUUCCUUCUUAAACUGUCUCUGAUUGAGUGUAAACCUCUGUCCAAAGAUUACAUUAGGUUUGUUGUUAUGUUUAUUUUCAACAUUCGUUAUUCCUCGUGCAAAUAUGGAGAAACCGCUACAUGUGUCAAUACACGUGUAUGUAUCACGCGUCACAUACACGUGUAUGUAUCACGCGUCACAUACACGUGUAUGUAUCACGCGUCACAUACACGUGUAUGUAUCACGCGUCACAUACACGUGUAUUUAUCAUACGUAUGUGUCACAAUAUGUGCAUGGAUUGCAUGUAUCACAACACGUAUUGCAGGCCGUAUCUAUGGUACCACUUAUACUCUUUACUGGCUCAAUGUAACGAAAAUACUUGUAUUUUAUUUUUUGUAGUUGCGCGUUGAAAUUCUCUACCCUUUCAUAGACUAAUUAUUGAAUUUAGAUUAUCUCGUCCGCUAUUUCUAUAGACUUGAAAUAUAAUAUAAUUUGCCAUUCGUGGAAUAUGUGUUGCAAUAUUUCUUGUCAAGUCCGCGUCUGUGUCUUAAGAUUUGUUGUGGUUCGUAUAUGCGUUUUUUCGUUACAUCAACGCCCGUAACGUCAAAUUGAUGAACUGUUGUGUUCUUAUCAAAUCUUAUUUGAUUUUUUUUAAGCCUAUUCGUCAUGUUAUUCAGAAGGUUCCUUCGUUAUAUAGAAAUGUCCCAAAUCUUUGUUUUCUGAUGGCUAUUUUAUUCAAAUUACUGUGAAUAUCUCGUUUAAAAAUGGAUCCUAAAAAUUGAUAACAUGUGAUCUGAUUUAAUUGCGAAGAAAUUACUUUCAGCAAUCAAUUAGAUAUCGGUAUAUAUUAGUUUGAUUGAAAUUAAAUAUUUAUUGGUAAUUUUCUCGGAGAAACACUGGGCCACGCUCGUAUUUUCCCUCAUUAGUUCAAUUAUUUUCACACUGACGCAAUGAAGUUAUAGUUAACUUGUUCUUGUUGCUCUUAACGCCACGGGAAGCCACUAACCUCCCGGCAAUGCAAAGGCUUGCUUGUGACGCCGUCUUGGACGGCAAUGUUUGCGUUACUGUGAAUUUUUGUGUGCGCCGUCGCAAUAUUAGUUUCCCUGCCUACAUAUAAAAUUCAUUAUUGUAUGACGCGUGCGCGUAUGCGUUAGUAAUCCGCAGCUUUAUUCAUCUCGCUUUUCAUUGAGGGACAAGUUUCGUAAAUGUUGCAUGGAUACUCAUUCGAUGAAUACAUUUGAUGUCCACUACAUCUUGAACAAAUCAGACAGCUUACGACUCAGCUUUAUCGUAUUGACUUGUUUGACAAGGUAGAUUCAGUAAUGCGUUCGUACAUUAUACGUUGUCGGGAAGUAUGAGGAAAGCUAGGUCGCUCUUUGAUGUCACCGACGUAAUCGAUGAUUUAAUGUCCCGUGCUGUGUUUUGUAUUAAUCCUUGCCAUAUUUUGCUAAGUUUGCGAUGUAAUGAGAGCGCUUGACACAUCGUAUUGAGGAAACGUUAUCACAGCAUACUGGCCGAGUGUGUCGCCAACGACGAUAUAUCUUUAAGCAUAUUUCCGUUUCAGAUUGGACUGGUGUAGCUUCUCCCAAAAAUGUCGAUAAUUUUAUGCUUGUACAAAUGUAAUUACGCAGUAAAUCACUUUUGAAA